GCUGGGCCGGGACCCGGAGCCAUUACUGCAGGAAAAAGGUCCCGCAGAGCCGAGCAGCCAAGAUGUGUGACUUCACCGAAGAUCAAACCGCAGAGUUCAAGGAGGCCUUCCAGCUGUUUGACCGUACAGGGGAUGGCAAGAUCCUGUACAGCCAGUGUGGAGACGUGAUGAGGGCACUGGGCCAGAACCCCACCAACGCCGAGGUGCUCAAGGUCCUGGGGAAUCCUAAGAGUGAUGAGAUGAAUGUGAAGGUGCUGGACUUUGAGCACUUCCUGCCUAUGCUGCAGACAGUGGCCAAGAACAAGGACCAGGGCACCUAUGAGGACUAUGUUGAAGGCCUUCGGGUGUUUGACAAGGAAGGAAAUGGCACCGUCAUGGGUGCUGAAAUCCGGCAUGUUCUUGUUACUCUGGGUGAGAAGAUGACCGAGGAGGAGGUUGAGAUGCUGGUGGCCGGGCACGAAGACAGCAAUGGUUGUAUCAACUAUGAAGCAUUUGUGAGGCAUAUCCUGUCGGGGUGACGGGCCCAUGGGGCGGAACUCGUCCGCAUGGUGCUGAAUGGCUAAGGAUUCCAGUAUUCCAGACCAGCUUACCCAAGACUGCGGGAGCCCCAGGCUUCUCCGAUUCCUGUCACAGCACCUUUCCUAGCCUGCCUCUUGAGGUGAUAUUGGCCAUCAACACUCACAAAUAAAUUUGCUUUCUAUGCCCUGAA